GCUGCUUCCCAUUUCGCUUUCUUCUAUUCUUUUCCCCCUCUUUUCCUCCACAGCUAGUCUUUUGCUCCCACCACCAGUCCACCCCUCCGCCACCAUCAGCAGUCCCACUCUCACGCCCACUCCCCGCCACCCAAGUUCUCUUCCCUUUCCUCAGCUCCAAUGGAUCGAAGUUUCAAACUCCGGUCCCCGUUGUCAAACCACAAAUACACCAUCCAAUCAGAUGAAAACGAAACACUACUACUCGUAGUCCAAUAACCAGUCCCACUCCUCUUCUCCAGCAACAAGAACAACAGCAACAGCAACAGCAUGCAUACUCUAAUAAAACAAUGUGGGAAUCUUCUCCUCCGUUGUUUUUUACUCUUUACUAGUAGUGCUACUUUAUUCUCUGCCACUACCAUUUCUAUUUCCACGACGCCCUCUCCAUCCUUGGUCCUACUCCCUUCCGACGCCGUUUCUCUGCUCUCAUUCAAGUCUAAAGCUGACCUGGACAACCACCUUCUCUACGCUAUUCACGAACGUUUUGACUACUGUUCGUGGCAAGGAGUUAAAUGCGGACAAGGCCGAGUCGUCCGUUAUGUCCUCCAAGGUUUUGGCCUCCGCGGCCAGUUUCCCCCCGACACUCUGACUCACCUCGAUCAGCUCCGAGUCUUGAGUCUCAAGAACAACUCGCUCACCGGUCCGGUUCCUGACCUUUCUCCCCUCCUCAACCUCAAGUCCCUAUUCCUGGACCACAACUCCUUCUCCGCUACUUUUCCUCCUUCUCUCCUCUCUCUUCACCGCCUCCUUAUCCUCGACCUCUCUCACAACAACUUCACCGGUCCAAUCCCCAGUGAUUUGGCCGUUCUGGACCGCCUCAACUAUCUUCGGCUCGAUUCCAACCGGUUCAACGGCUCAAUCCCUCCAUUGAACCAGACCGCGCUAGCAAUCUUCAACGUCUCCAAUAACAACCUAACCGGACCAGUUCCCGUCACUCUCACUCUCAAAAAAUUCACCAUUUCUUCAUUCUUAUGGAACCCUGGUCUCUGUGGAGAUGUCAUCAACAGACCAUGCCGCGCUACUCCCUUCUUCGACGCUGCUCCGGUAGCCGGCGACGCCGCUGCCCCGCCUGCACCGCUCCUCCAGAGCUCGCAGUCCCAGGGAGAAGUGCUGAUCCCUUCUCCGUCGCAGAAAAAAAGGCACAAAAGAGUUGGCGUGAUCCUAGGGGUUAUAAUAGGAGUAUUUAUCGUGAUUGCAGCAGUUUUAUGCAUUUUCGCUUACUUCAAAAGGCCAAAGGAGGAAGAACAAGCUGAUGCAAAGAAAAGAGCAUUGUCACCGGAGAUGGGUUGUAACAAUGCGGAGAUAUCUACGCAAAUUGGAAAUGCCGAGGAUGGAAUUGUGAAAGAGAAGAAAAUAUAUCAAGUACAUGAAACUAACAGUCAUGGUAUCAAGCAGGUGAAGAGUGGGAAUUUGGUGUUUUGUAAUGGAGAGGCGGAGUUGUACACGCUGGAGCUGCUAAUGAGGGCGUCAGCUGAGUUGCUGGGGAGGGGAACCAUUGGAACUACGUAUAAAGCUGUGUUGGAUAACCAGUUAAUUGUAUCGGUGAAGAGACUGGAUGCUUGCAAGACUGCUAUUACUACUGCGGAGGCCUUUGAGCAGCAUAUGGAUGCCGUUGGUGUGCUUCGGCAUCCCAAUUUGGUUCCAGUCAGGGCUUAUUUUCAAGCUAAACAAGAAAGGCUGAUUGUCUUUGAUUAUCAGCCCAAUGGCAGUCUCUUCAAUCUCAUUCAUGGUUCAAGAUCAACAAGGGCUAAACCUCUUCACUGGACAUCGUGCGUGAAGAUUGCAGAGGAUGUGGCUCAGGGCCUUGCUUACAUCCAUCAAGCAUCAAAGCUCAUUCAUGGCAACCUGAAAUCCUCCAAUGUCCUUCUUGGUUCUGAUUUUGAGGCCUGUCUAACCGACUACUCCGUGUCCAUCCUUGCUGAUAGUUCUUUAAUUGAUGAUCCAGAAUCUGCAGGAUACAAAGCACCUGAGAUAUGCAAGUCUGUUCGUCGAGCCUCUUCAAAAUCUGAUGUAUAUGCCUUUGGCAUCCUCUUAUUAGAGCUUCUGACUGGUAAACCUCCAUCUCAGCAUCCGUUCCUUGCUGCCCCUGAUGUGCCGAAUUGGGUCAGAGCAAUGAGGGAUGACGAUUCUGAGGAAGAAAAAUGGGUUGGAAUGCUAGUUGAGAUUGCUAGUUUGUGUAGUGUGACUUCACCCGAACAGAGGCCAACGAUCCGGCAAACACUGAAGAUGAUACAAAAUAUAAAAGACACUGCAAUGGUAGACAACAGCGCAAGGGAUUCAUACAAUGGAUAUUCAUAGUUUCUAAUUACAUCUACAAAGCAUGGAUAUUGGAUGGAGCAUAAAUUUUAAUGGAUUUCGUACUGAAAGCCACGCUGGAAUGGGAUUAGCAUUUGUGGAAUAAGCACGCUUCCCUCGUGGGAUUUGAAGCGAUUGGCGUGUGAGUAUGUUCAUUCACUUUGUUAGGAGGACGGGCUUAGAUGAUUAAAAUAAAAAUAAAAAUGGUGCAUUUGAUGUCCACUAACCUGUAUCUGAUGAAGUUGUGAACUUCAGGAGCGCCAGUUCUUGUAAAUGAUUAGGUAAAAGUUAAAUUGAGCUGAGAUUAACCUAUCCUGAACGCGGUUCUUGAAUCAUUUUGUGUUAGUAGCAUGUUGUGCGAGUUGAAGAUAGUAUGGUAUCUUGAUAGGGUUUCUGGCGAGAAAUUGGGAGAAAUGCAUUUUGUUUUGUCAUAUCUUUCCAGACCUAUCAAAACAAUUUCUUAAACG